AUGCCAUUAUUUUGGAAAGCAGUUGCAAUCCUAGAACUUACAUGUAGCCUACCUGUGAUUGUCACAGCAUCUGAUGGUGCGUCUGCCAAUCGCAAGUUUUACCGUAUGCAUGCAGCAAUGGACAAAAAUGCAGGGAAAUCGGUUGUUUAUCAUACUGUGAAUGUGUAUGCUCCUGACCGAUUUAUAUGGUUGUUUGCAGACGCUCCCCACUUAAUGAAAACUGCUCGCAACUGCCUGUACCACUCUAGCACUGGAAAGUCCACAAGAUGUAUGUGGAAUGAUGGCAAGUAUCUUCUCUGGCAGCAUAUCUGCACAAUUGUUAAUGAUGAUGCUGAAAAUGGACUUAAACUUUGCCCAAAGCUCUCAUGUGAGCACACUCAGUUGACUUCCUAUUCAGUAAUGAAUGUUCGUCUGGCUGCCCAAGUCCUGAGUGAAACCACAGGAAAAAUUCUGAAAGAAUACCACUCCCCUGAUAUGCAUGGUACUGCUGAAUUUUGUUUGCAACUUGAUAAAUUCUUUGACUGUUUAAAUGUCCGUAGCAGAGAAGAGGGAAAUUUCAAGCAUAAAGAUGCACUUAAGCCAUACACUUCGCAUGAUGAUGAAAGGCUGAAAUGGCUUGAGAAUACUUUUCUAAAGUACUCAGAAGACUGGAAAAAGAGCACUGAAGACAGACCAGGUAAUUUCAGCCCUACUGACAGACAGAAAAUGUUUCUGUCAUUGCAGACUUAUGAAGGUUUGCAGAUGACAGUUUACUCUGUGAUCGAGGUUACUAAGUUUCUACUUAGUAAAGGGAUCUUAGGGAUGACCUUUGUUCUAACAAAUCGCUUCAACCAGGAUGUUGUAGAAGAAUAUUUUGGACGGCAACGCAGCUUAGGCCGCCGCAGUGACAACCCAAACAUUUGGCAAUUCGGGUUUAAUGAUAACAUAAUACGCACUCAGAGAUCUGUAGCCCCAGUCACUGGGACUACAGAAGGAAGACAUGAUAAGAAGAGAAAGCUUUCAUGGACAGAUGUUGAUGAAACUCCUUUGAAAAGAAGGCAAAAAAACAAAUCGGUUUAG